AUGGACACUGAGAUGUACGAUCAGAAUCAUCGGAACGUGCGUUCGCGGUGAAGGCCAGAAUGGAGAGAUUGGCCAGCAUUUUCCGUCUUCUUCGAUCUAUCGUGUACGUCCAUGUUGGUAGGAUUGCGGCGCAUCCUGUGGCGUUCCAUACAGUCAAUGCAAUCCUAGACUGUACGUCGACAGAGAGGACAUGUAGAAAGGUCUCAGACGUUGGAAGCGUCCAUCGGUCCUUCCUUCUUCCCUUUGAACAAUAUCUCCGGUCAAUUUGGAAGAUUGGAACUCCAUUUUUUACGACGGCGCGCUACGCCUACCGGUUCUCCACGAUGAUCCCCCUGGGCCCUUGGCACAUUCCAAGAUAAGCUUUCAGGGUGCUCUUUGGGUACAUCUUGUCCGCGAGCACACGGAAGAGCAUUAUCAUAUAUGAGUCGUCUCUGUAGACGCUCAUCAGUCAUGCGGACAAAAGACCUCUCCAGCGGAGCUCUAUCGGUUGCUGAGAUGCUGAGCAUGCUAUUCGAUCCAGGACAGGGGUGCACGUGAUCCAGUCCUGCCGGCCCUCUUUCAGCAUCAUCUGUAUAUAUACAGCCUAAAAGAUAGCGGUCAAGCUUCAUCGUUCGAAAUUAGCAAACUGCACAGGCCUCCGCGCCAGAUGAGCGUUAUCAGGUUUACAGUCCGCUGUAUUCUCGAUCUCUUGUCGAGGAGGAUGUUAAGGCGAAUUCGCGCUGUGUAUUGUGGUCUCCUGUGGGUUUGACUGGUCUCAGAGGUCAGGAUUGCAAUUUUGGCGUUCAUUUUUGGUGCAUCUUCAAAUUCUGCUCUCAAGGCAGAAGAACUAGUCUACAACUACACAACAUUUCCUACUGGUAGUUGCCAUGGUUUUGGCAUAUUCCGCAUUUGAUGUUGGUUGAUGCAUGAUCUGGAGGUGAGGAGAUCUAGCCCCCCCCUUGUGUCCGUUUCCCUUUGGGUGUUUAACACACGCUUCCUCGCAGAUAAACAGUUAUUAUAAUUUGUCUUGUUCAUUUUCACUUCGGCCUACACAUGGCGGGCGUUAAAUAGCUGUGCAUUCGUCGGGUUGAUGAUGCCAAUUCAAGGCAUCUUGUUGCCGUAUGGCUCUAACAGCACGACGGAAAAAAUAGGACUGUGGAAGUUGGGAACGAGUACGCAACUCUGCUUCUUUCCCAUUUGUUCCAGCAAAGACUUCCAAGGUCGAUGCACUGUCCGUGCUAAAAGCUAUAAUGGGGCAGUGGAGUUGCGCAACAAACAGUGUUAAGCCCUUGGAACAUCCGAAUUCCAUCAGCAUUCUGCAGAGUCGGUUUCGGCUUGCCAUGUCAAAUGUGCCUUUUAAAGAUCGACGAUGACUGUACGCAGGCUGGUUCUCAUUCCUCGACACCAGUCCUCUAUUUUCUUAUUUCCGGUUGUUCCACAAUGCUUUCGGAGUGAGCCUGUUGUUCCUGGAUGAAUUAUUUGUUCCAGACUAAACCGAAUUGACCGUGAAGAACAGAGCAGAGAUCUUGUGGGGAGUACUGGAAAGGAUGAUUCCACAGCGUCUAUCGAAAAUAUGUCGUUAUCUUUCCAGUUUGUAGAAGUGCAUACUGGUAGCCUUCCGGUAGUCUCGCGCGAUUUGUCCGUGUAUUCACAGCUUCAGGACCAGUGUGGUCCGCCUCUUCAUAAGUUGAGCGUCACGAUGUCCGUAAACUUCCACUGGGAUCGCGUAGGUCAAGGGGACUCUUCCACUGGACAUCUUUUAUACUGUCCGAUCGUCUCACACCGUCGGGGCAGGUUACCAAGGCCAACAUUAGUUUAGACUGGCAAGAGUCUCUAGAUGGCUACCUCUGGAUUGCAAAUGGACUUUUCAGGGCGCACCUAAAGUACUCGGCUGAACGCUCCGAAAUCUGCGAUUUUCUAGUAAAAAAAACUGUUGUCCCGUCUGAGGUGAACAGUGGCGCACUUUCGGUGUGCUAAGCGUCUUAGAAUGCCCCUAUGGACGCGAAUCAUUCUGUUAUUUCAGUGAGGUUUCUGUAAUGUCUGCCUAUCGAGGAAGAGAAGUUGGAUGCCUUUGUAAUCAUCGCCAAGACAGUCAUGGAGGUUUCAACAAGCGGAUCCAAGACCUGCGGUUACUCCAGUUCAGAUGGCAUCCCGCAGUGUCUCAUCUUCCUUGUUCAGGGCUUACAGCUGUUGCAGAUAGUAGUGUUCGUUUCUCUGUUGAGACAGUCUGCCUCCCCUUGGUUGAAUGUGCAGCCCCAAAUUGGAUACCACUAGACGAUUGUCACUCGAGCAUUCGCCACCGUGAAUAGUCUUUGUCACAAGCACGGCUCGACAAUCGUCGCCAGAGGAGCAGGUGUUUAGUAUCUUUCAGGAAUGCGAGCGAGGAUGCAUCCAUGCAGUCAAGAAGGCAGAAAACGGCGUAGGUGGGAAGGUUGCAUUCUGUGCAGGUUUUCAUCGGGAGUCUGUUGCUGUUGCAGUUGCCUACUCCGCGGCAAUCCAGCAUUGCUUAGCGGAUGGCGCGAUUUAUGUCGACUCCUGAACUGAAGUCUCUGGGACCGAUCAUUACAGUGGAUUUCCACACAGAAACGGAGGGACGCUCAGAUUCUCGUAAAACAUCCCACGUCCUCAUGACUCGGCAUUAUGAAGGCGCGGCUGCCGACGAUCGUAAAAACUCACCCUCCGCGGAUCGCUAAACUCAUUUUCAUAAGAUGGUUGCGCAUCGUAUGCAGGGGGGGGGGAAUUGCAUGAGGAUACCCUUUUUGACUGUGCAGGCAACUCCAGCGUUUAUUUGUUCUUUGGGGGUUGACUUUUCUUAUUUCGAGAAGCAGUUAUCACCGAGGACAACGAUGCAUAUUUGGUAGCGUGUGGCCCACGGAGACUAGAUCUGUCCCACAAUCUGUUUACUUGGACAUUGUUUAUUUGGAGGAAAGAGAGUGAAUUAAUUCCGCCGUGACGAGGGCGGAGGCGGUCAUUGUUUGUUUGCAUUGGGGCGCGCUUUAGACUGGGGUUCACACCAUAUCCAACAUAGAGACUAAUCGAACCUUCAGUUACCGGUAGGCUCGGACAGACCACUAAUGUUUCAGAGAAGAAUAAGUAUAUGGUCAAUUCGUCUGGGACCCAGCGUUUGGCUUCCUCAUCAGAAGCAAACAAACGUUUUUUUUCAAAAUCAACGCGGCGUGGAAAGAUUCGCAACCUGAAGGAUUGUCAAUCAAAGAGAAAACUCGGUACUUUUGAGGACUGAGGGUCGGGCUACAAAGUUUUCUCAAUGGAGCUUUAAUAGAAUUUUCAUUCAAGUGAGAUUCGGUGCGGUCUCACUGAAAAUUUAUGCAGCCUUGGGAACUGCCAUUUCGGUAGUCGCGAACGACGAUGUCAACUAUGUAUCCCGCAAUAUGGCGGGCGCAGGAGGGUGGCUUGCGAGUGAAUUAGUUUGCCACACUCUCUCCUCCCCCACCUGCGCUGUGCUAUUGUUCGUUGUUUGACUGACAAUCCUGCCUCCGACAAACUGGACAAAGUCGUAUGCUAGCUUGAGCGUUAACAGCGCCUUUCAACUUCGGAAUUUGUCUUGUCGCAAUGCAACCUACGACUUGUUUAGGGCACGAUUUCUAGCCCUUUCCCCAUCCGGGGGGUAAACAGUACUGUCCCUAAAUGGGGCUGCUUAGACAUCCCGGACGACUGUAGAGCUCCACUAUGGGGUAACGACUUUUUUCGUAGAGAGCGAUUCGUGUUAGCCUGGGCCGCCUGCGCAAUUACAUGUAGCCCUCUCUGUAGGACUUUUUGAAGUGGGGGAAAGGGGGAGGGUUGGCAAAGGAAACAGGGUCACCGGCUGUGAAUAUGGACACACGGAUACCCUCACCUGGUUUUGCCCUCCGGUCGAGGCGGUUAUUGAAGUGUGGCCGCUAGACAGAUCUUAGUUUCGGGGGACCACACAUGAGAGUUGGGUGCUAGUUAAUGGGACCCGAGACGUAGUCAACACCUGCAAGCAAGUGGGCUACCUACUACAACCUUCACGUGGACCCACAGCUGGACAUCCCCACACCCCCUACUUUUCAUAUAACCCCCUACACUUACAGAACGAAUCCAACAAUGCAGCAUGUACGAAGCGCCUCAGCAAGGCUCCCUCUUGUUUAGCAUAAUUCGUCGGGAUUCUCGAGUGUUUAUUCGACUCUUAGUGUCAGGUCUUUGGCAUAACCAAGGUGAAUAGCAGAAGCUUUUCAUCUUCGAUACUACGAGACGCCAAUCAUCAAGGUAGUGUGUGAGAUAUUUUUCAGGUCGACUAGGUCAGUCAUGCUUGCAACUGUGUCAACCACGAACAAAUUACCGACAAUCGUGUUCAAAUUACCUGUUUGACGAUUUCUUUUUUUAACCCUUUCUGGUGGAGAAUUUCCUGACUGAAUGAAAUGCGCACAGCUGAUCAUUUUGGAGACUCGUCCGCUCCACCGGUUUUAAUCACUGAACCCUGGUCAGCCGGACGAUCGAUAAUAAUGACAUCUGAGUGGAUAGACUGCACAUUAGCUUUUUUCAAUCUUCUAGGUCGAAUCCAUGCUAACCGCUAUUCCAUCAGCACCGCUGGAAGGCCUGCCGGCGCGUCUACCACCGUCAGAACUGCAUGCAACCGCCGUGGAAAAACUGCAGGAAAUGUUGGAACUUCAGGCCAGUUGCCAGUACCUCCUGGAUGUUCAUACUGCUCUUGGUUGCCUCGAGGACCGUACUGCCUGCCUUUUCCGACGAGUCGGGUGUUUCGCCAGAACGGCUUGCUCGACUAAGGUUGCCAGCCUCUACGAGGAGCUAAAGAAGGGCAGUGAAUCCUUUGUAGGAGCGGAUGGAGUGGAAGCCGGCGGCGGAGAUGAGAACCUGCUCGGAAUGGGUGAACAUUAUGAGAAUUUUGAGUGUGUACCUCUGUCUUUGCGGCCUUUCACUUUGAAGACGCUUUGUUUAACAGUCGUUUCCUGUACUCCAUCGUUAGGCGGAUGUGCGAGUCCUAAGUGUUUUCUGUGAAUCAGAGUGGGCGGUCGUCGGAACAGUCUUUGUAAUCACCUUCAGCUACCGUGGACCUACGCACAGACGUCGAUGUGGGAUUAGAAAACACAGCAAAUGCCAGUCCUUGGCGUUCCGACUUGUUAGCAAACUGUGCACUUUCCCGGACAUAUACAGUAAGUGGGCUAACUCAGGAAAUGUCGGCCGACAUUUCUAAAUGCGUUCUCGUUUCGAAAAGCUUAAUUAUGUAUAGUUGUAAAAUUAAUCACCAUCCACCAUAAUUCUAUAAUGAUCUAGUUGCCUCAGGGUGUCUUCUUUCGAAUGGACUUAUUUUCGACUGCAUGCAAGAACUACACUUGGCAAAAAUGACUACUUAAGUAGCAUGCAAUUUUCUCAUUGAGUUUCGAUGCCCUUAAAAUUCCAAUUAUAUUUCAUGACAAAAAUUCAUAAAAAGUCGUUCUUUUAUUUAUUUGGUAGAAAAUCACGUCUUCUUUCAAUUUUAUACUCGAAGGAGGAGUAUAAUUCGGUUUCAAAAAAGCUUCAAAUUGUGAGAUUUUUUAACACCGUGAAAUGGUCGUUCAUAAACGUCCUGUAUCUGCGUUUACCAAUGUGGCUCAACUCCAUAUGGUCUCCUCUUAAUACCAUAGAGAAAUGUAUGGUUUUCCGUACACAGAAAAUACACGGCUUGUAGUUUUGAAACCCUGAAUCCAAAUGUAACGGGAGAGUGGGUUCAAAAUUAUUCGGGAAUUAGAAAAGUUUUUUUAGAGUCGAAUUAUACUCUUCCUUCGAGCAUAAAAUUGGAAGUAGACGUGAUUUUCUACCGAAUAAGUAAAAGGAUGAAUAUUUGCAUGCAUGUUUUCAACGAAGUAUAAUUGAAUUUUAAGGGGCAUCGAAAAUCAAUGAGAACAUUGCACGCUACUUAAGUAGUCAUUUUUUGCAAAGUAUGAUUCUUGCAUACAGUCGGAAAUAAGUUCGUUCGAAAUAAGGCACCCUAAGGUAACUUAAAUAUUAUAGAAUUAUGUUGCAGACUGACUAGUUUUACAACCCUACUUAAUUCAUCUUUUCGAAACGAGAACGCAUUUCGAAAUUUCGGUUGAAAUUUUAUGAGUUAGCCCAGCUACUGUACAAGACCGAUUCGUGCGAACAGACAACUCACAAAACUUCAUCCACUGCUUCCUCCGUAUACGCGCCAGUUCGACCGUCGUGAACGACGAUUGCCACUAUGUGCGCCGCAGCAUGUCGGGUGCAAGACGUUCACUUGCACAUGAAAAAAUUUACAGUGAUGGCAGACUUUCGCAGUACCUGCCGCACACUGGCUUCCUUCAGCCACCUGGACUCGAUGGCAAGGCAGAGUCGGGACGACCGCGUGCUACACACAACCUGGCCCGUGCACAACGAACCAUUUUGCACAGAAAUAAGGUGGGCGGGUGGGAUCUCAUCUGAGUAGCAGUGCCAUUACAGGCCACACCAAGAAUGAGCCAUUGCAGCCCGACUCUCCGUACCGGGAGGGCCGAGUUAUCUUGUCAACAGGCAGCCCUCCAAGCCACGAAUUUCAUUGCAUCGUGAUAGUUUCAUCGGACGUCAGAUUGUUUAUGGUGAGGUGUAUACAGUCCACAGAGUCGACUUCACUCUUUCCUCUAUCCACUGUUGGAGCCUGUCGGUCAUAUGGUACCCUGAUGGCCGACGGUUAAAUAUUAAUUGAUACCGGAGGUUGAAGUGCUCUGUCUUCCCCAGCUGAAUAUUCCCAAUGUCAGCCAAUAUGAGUCCGUACUGCAAUGACGUGAGCCCUACACGAUGUUCCACUGUUUUGCCCUCUAAAUUUGGAUGAGUCAAUACCUGUAGUUGAAGUACCAAUAAAUGAUGACGGCCAAUAAGCCGGAACUAGGGUACUUUUUCAGAUUUCGUGUCGCGGCUGUCAUUGCCGUUAUUCAAGCCACACCACGUGAUGCCUCAGAUCAUGGAUACACAAACACACACACACACACGGUUCAUCCGCCUUCCCAGGUCACUGUCCACACUUUAAGUGAGGACCAGGAAUUCUACUUUGUGGACACCAGUUAAGGGCGCAGACUGGUGUGAAGACUGGGUGGGAACAUCUGGAAGCCUAGGACGCCACUAAAAACUCCGUAAAUCGACAUAUCGAUUUUCCUCCUGCUUUGUAGUCGCCGUGCUCUCAUCGUCAGAUGGCACAGUCCCGUUUGUAAUCGAGGUCUCGCGUCGACGUGUGGCGAGGAAGUACAGACGGCUGCAUUUGCUACAGUUCCUUCAUUGCCUCUGGUGCUGGGCUCCUGCAUUGGUCAGAAAGCUCAGAGAAAUUCGGCGACUGUUCCGGAAAGCGACCGUCCCUCUUUGUAAUAUAUGUACAUAGAGUAGGUGGGCUAACUCAUGAAAUCUCAACCGAAAUUCCGAAAUGCGUUUUCGUUUCGAAAAGAUCAAUUAAGUAGGGUUGUAAAACUAGUCAGCCUGCAACAUAAUUCUAUAAUAUUUCAGUUACCUCAGGAUACCAGCUUUCGAAUGAACUUCCUUCCGGCCUCAUGCAAAAACUACACUAUGUAAAAAGUGACCACUUAAGUAGCAUGAAUUUUUCUCAUUGAUUUUCGGUGGCCCUUAAAGUCCAAAUAUAUUUCAUGGAAAACAUGCAUAAAACUAUUCAUUAUUUUGCUCAUUCGAUAGAAAAGUACGGCUUCCUUCAAUUUUAUGCUCGAAGGAAGGGUGUAAUUCGGUUUUCAAAAACUUUUCCUAUUCCCGAAUAAUUUUGAACCCGCUCUCCCGUUACACUUGGAUUUAGGGUUUCCAAACUAGAAGCCGUAUAUUUUCCGCGUGCGGAAAAGCACACAUUUCUCCACGGUAAUAAAGGGGAACCAUAUAGGGUUCAUAGAAUUUAGCAGUGGAUUUGAUCCAUGUUGUUAACUUUACAAGCCACAUUGGUAAAUGCAGAGACGUGACGAUUUAUGAACGGCCAUUUCACAGUAUUUAAAAGUCCCACAAUUAGAAACUUUUUUAAAACUUAAUCACGUCCCUCCUUCGAGCAUAAAAUUAGAAGAAGACGUAAUUUUCUACCGAAUAGUAAAAGAAUGAAUAUUUUUAUGCAUGUUUCCCAUGAAAUAUAAUUUGACUUUUAGGGGCAUCGAAAAUCAAUGAGAAAAAUUCAUGCUACAUAAGUAGCUACCUUUUACAGAGUGUAGUUUUUUGCAUGCAGCCGGAAGGAAGUUCGUUGGAAAGCCGGCAUCCUGCGGUAACUGAAAUAUUAUAGAAUUAUGUUGUAGGCUGACUAGUUUUACAACCAUACUUAAUUAAUCUUAUCGAAACGAAAACGCAGUUCAGAAUUUCGGUUGAGAUUUCAUGAGUUAGCCGACCUUCUGUACAUAGCUAAGUUAAUUGUAGACAAGGUUCGUCCAACAGAAAGGAAGUUCAAGUUUUGGUCCAAGGGCAAUUUUCAGUACUUUUUCUUUCAUCUGUAAAUUAUUCUUGUCUGGCCAAAGUUAUAUUUCGGCUGCCAUAAGUCGUGACGUGCUCGCAGCUGUGACUCGUGCGCAGAUUUGUUUAUAAUAGAGCAGACUUUCACCGCAUCUACUCCACCACAUUCCAAUGGCUUGACAAAAUCAAGAAGACAGGUGGUUUUGGACGUAUUGACUGCCAUAGCUAAACAGCUCUUCAGCGCCUGUCAAAUUUGGCUUUGUCCCUGGUUUCACACGUUCCAGUCUUCAUUCAGGGUGAGGGACGGUGACGUGUGGGUGAAUACGUUCAUAGGAAGUAACGGGCUUGCGCAGCAUCGGCCACACCCUCUCCAUCCCAUCACCUGGGCCCCGUGUCAUGACAGAGUCAAGAUGACCGGAGGUGGAAGAGGGUGCAGGCGGCCGGCACGGCGAAAACUCGCACCUCUUAGCGCGUGCCAGCACACCGGCUCGGAUCCCAUUCGGUGGGAGUGCCAUUGCAGUGAGAGCUAUUAAAACCUCAUUCUCAGUCCACCAGUCGGCCUCUCCACACAAACAAACAGUCAAUGAUCGAUCUCAUGAAAUGCUAACUCAAAUUCUGAAAUACGAUUUUGAUUGCGAUGUAAUCCCGUGAUGUUUCAGAUGCGCAAGGGUGUUAGCUUUUGAACGCACUUCCCGUCGGUCGCCUGCAAAACCGCACUCUAAAAAAUGAUUACUUAAUUAAUAUGCAGACAGGUAGUCGUCUCACAAUGUUUGUCUAGAUGGCAAAGGCGACGCUCGCGUCACGUCGUUAUGCCUUGGGGCGCCCGCACCAGAAGAAGGUGUAGCCGGCACCCACCUCCUGCAGUUGACCUUUUCCUAGUCACACUGAGUACAGAGAUGUCCAACUUGUAGCGCGCCAGUUCCCUAGCCAUUAGCGCCGUCCGCCGUUCCGGCCAGUUCCUCCUCGGAAUGUCUAAAAGGGAACAUUCCAGGCUGCGAGAGUGAGCGGGCUCACGUAGGACUUUUGAGUGGGUCGGGGGAGGCGGGGACAUGGGGGAAGGGUAGAGAGACGGGAAGCAGAGUUUUCCGUCCCUCACUAAGCUAACCGGUUGCUUAAAUAUGAACGGUGAGCAGACAAAUUUAGCAGAACGGCACUUGGCUUACAACAAGGACAAACACAAACAAGCAAGAAUAAGCAGACAGCAAAGACAAGAAAGGGAAAUUCGGCUUACCCGGGGGUCACUUACAUUGUUGUCUCAUGCAGGGUUGCAGAGGAGGCCUCAUCUCGGAGAUACCGGGGCCGUGAUCCGUCCGGCCAGCGAUGGUGACAAUAGAGCCGAGUUACCGUGUGUGGAGAUGUACACACGGACACCGUCACCUGGUUUAGCCCGUCGGUCGAGGCGGUUACCGGGGUGUGGCUGCUGGCCAGAGCCCAGUUUCGAGGAGCCACACGCGAGAGUUGGGUGCCAGUAAAUGGUUACCCAGGCCAGUGGGUUCUGUGCAAGGUCUUCCCAGGUCUUCUGGUUGAUCUGUAAUUGUUUCAAGGUAUCGUCGUAGCGGCGGUUUGGACCCCUUGUUGGUGAGCACCCCAUAACGACACCUCCAUAGGAGAAUUGUUUGGGUAGUCGCUCAUUGCCCAUUCUCACGAGGUGGUCCCUCCAUCGCAGUUAUAGUUGUACCAGCAUGGCGUGGGUGCUGAGGAUUCUGGUCCGUUCCAAAACUUCCGUGUCUGGGAUCCUUUCCUGCCACCUCGGCCCUCGUUUUCUCAGUGGAAAACUGAGGUGGAAGUAGUAGAGUUUCCGCGCCUGUUUCUUACAGACUAUCCAGGUCUGCACUCCAUACAGCAGUCUUCAAGAUGACGGCUUUGUACAUCUUGAGUUUGGCGUUGAGGUGGAAAGUGUGGCAAAUCCAUACUCUGUUCUGUAACCGGUCGAAGGACCGGCUGGAUUUGGAGAUCUGGUGUUCGACUUCAUCGUCGAUUUUGAUGUUGUGGGGGAGUGUGCUGCCUAAAUAGGUGAAAAUGUCCACCUUUUUCAGUUGGGGGCCGUUGAUAUGGAUGCGAGAAACAUUGUAUGAAGCGUUUGACGACGGUUGAUGCAUGACGACCGUUUUGUCGGUGUUGUUAGUCAGGCCGAAGUCGGCACAGUCGGAGGCGAAUAGGUCCAGACUCCGUUGCAUGUUCGAAUGUCGCGAUGAGGGCCAGAUUGAGGAGCCUCGAUAGCCUGACCCUAUAUUUGGAGUACGGCCAAAUUAUUUCGUCAGUUUGCAACCUUCCAAGCUACAGCUGUUAGUACGUCGUGAUGGUCGCAAAGUGCGUCUGAGUGUUUAUAAGUCUAGAUCUGAACACAGUAUCUCAGCUGAACCGACCUCAGUCUAUCUCAGUCCCUCUCUCUCCCAUACCAAAGUGACUUGGACACGGUGGCUGACUUGACGUGAAACCUUCGUCCAAAUGUGCUACACAUGUUCUGGUCUCGUUCUGCCUGACUAGAUUUUGCCAAAAAUCCCAGUUCUUGUAUAAAUGAGACGUGCCUAUUCCCAUGUACGACCUGCCGAAACUGCUGUUCUUUCUGGCUUGACGCCUUUCCGAAUUCAGGAAGGAAAAGCAGAAAAGUGACUGACUUAGGCGCAGAAUACGGUGGGAGAUCUAUCACUGAUCCUUUUAUACAAGAUGUAAUCUUGAUACUUCAAUCCCCUUGUAGCCGAGCUGAUAGAGGAUUUUUACAACUCGGCUGUUGUACAGUUUUUGUUUCUAAAUUUUCUUCGAUAAGAAUGUGUUUAAACAGACUUGCUGUUUGCGAAAUGCUUACCUCCUCUACAGUCUGUUAACUGCUUUGUCUCUCAACGUCUAGCUGCGAAGUGACACUAGUUGCUGCGAGCCUUCUGGAAGUCGAAGAACUUCUUUCCAAACCGUCUUACUUCAACAAAUCCGAGGUGACGGUUUUUCAGAACUUCGAACGGGCCUUUGCAUCACAAAAGGUACUUCUUUUAGGAACCAAGUCCGUUAGGCUCUAUUUCACCCUUUACUUGCUUAGUAACGGGGAAAUCCACGCUGCUGUAUUAAGUAAGUAGUUUGGCAAAAGUUAAAGGGCUGCACGUUAUAGAGCUGAUUAAUUUCUGACUACACCAAACGGCCUUCCUGCCGUUACAAUUGUUGCAGUCUUUGUCACUCAUUGGACGGCCACUUUCUGCUUGUCCAAACGCCCCCCCCCUCCCUCCUCCCAGUACUUCACCAGAACGAUUGCCGGUUUUUACUCACUGGGUCUCAUGCCCGUGCAUCCAGGAAAUAACGUUACCUGAACUAGCAACCCCACGGAUCAGUAGAUUUAAUUGGUUGCUACUAAACAGCCCUAAGCCGCCCCUCCAUUGCUGCUGUCGUAUUUUGGCCCUCCACAAUCUCAUCUAUCUUUUAUGUCUUUCAUACAGACUCGACUUCAUGACUUCCUUCGUUCGCAGUGGCAGAGGAUAGUUCGAUUUUCUACUGACUCACCGUCCUCUGACUUGCCGGUAGCCCUGGAAUUUAACCAACAGUGGGUCAUCUGUUCGCUGGAAGUGUCUGGCCGUACCACAGAAAUAGAGACGAUUCUUAGACUCGCUUGUGGUUUGAAGGAGACCAAGGUAAAUUGUCUGCUCGCGCUCAUUCUACUGCUUAUAACUUUCCUCUUUCCGUCCUUCAUUUAACUUCAUUGCCCUUCACCAAUUACAGGCUCUUGUUGAACAACUUUGUCUUGAUGUAUGGAAUCGAAUCUUCUUACCCUGGUUGGAGAGUCAGAAGACGCAAGAAUCCUCUACUACUGGCUGUCUGCAAUUGCGCGUACGUUUUCUCUCGACUCCUUUUGUUUAUCAAAAUAGAGUGAGCUACAUGGAACGGCUCAGAACUUGUCACUAACUCGUUCAGAUAUGGCUUCCUCCGUUCCCUUCUUGCAUAUCUUUUUCGGGUUCCCGAAACAGUCGACGCUGUCAAGUCAUGUCUAAAUACAGGUCGCUGUGGCACACGGGUGGCGGAAAAUUUUGGCCGCAGCCAAUUUUGUCGACAGUGCAAACGGAAAUCAGAGUGCAGCCGAUGGACGCAAGGGGUGCGCCUUGGUACCAUACCCUGUUUGAUCUGUAGUCGUAAUGUGUACAUUGCUGGACGAAGGAACUAUUCCAUACGGUCCCGGGUUCUCUGCGACUUCACGAUACUGUGUCCUGCGCAGCCACUGCACACGGUUGACUGUCAUGCUAAGUCAGACUAAGGGGACCGGCAGUUAACUGCAUUCACGGACUUCGUUUGUGUCGCACUGUUCAAGGGCGGGAGUAAUCGUUCGCUUUGUUGGGCAUGGAGACAGAAUUUAUGCUAAGUUAGUUGCUGCGGAGGACUUCGUCGAUGGUCGGCUUUAGUUGAAUUUCUCACUGGGACAUGCUCAUGAAGUUAAGAAAGAGCGAGGCCAAUCCAUCUCACCCUUUGUCACUAUGCGAAUCUGACAGACCGAAAGUCGUGAUCCAGGUUACCAACUGACGACAUACUUGGUUGAACUCCAUCCUGAGGGUCUGGAUCCAAUGACUCAUUCAUGCGGCCUUUAUGAAGACUCAUACUCAUAUGCUCCGACUUGCUGAGGCCUAGCUCCAAUGUGGUCAUUAACGAGCUCUGGGGUGACAUGCGUAUACAGAAGUUUUGCGCUCAAUUGUUCGCAUUUCCCCGUAGUAGUAACUAAGUGCCGUGAAAGGGGCUACAUACGAUGCUACGUCGGAAAAUCUGGGUGCUUUUUCCUCACAUAGCCGUCGACCAUAGUUAAGUUUGGGAUCUCUAAGCAGCCAUAGGAGGGGUGGGGGCGGGGAGAUAGCAGACCGUAUCUCACAAACAAAAUAAACACCAAUCUCUAGCAACUGCAGGCACCGGAGAAAAAACGAUAAGACACAUUACAGGCCAUCAUCUAUGCUUGAGUGGACGCAGGUCGUGGUUCCGCUUAUUGAAACCUCCACAACCAUUUCGGCGGCGACUACAACGACAUCCAACUUCUCUUCCCCAAUAGACAGAGACUUCACUGAAUACCAGUGAAAUAACGAACUGAUUCACGGUCAUUGAGGCAUUUUAAGACGCUUAGCACACCGAAAGUGCGCCACUGCUUAUCUGCUAAAGCCAGACGAGAAAGCGUGGUUACUGUCUGCUAAGCUGUUUUCUGGAGAUGCUGAAUGUGAGGUGACAGGAAUGGGUCGUUGACAUCUAGGUCGUGAUAAAACCGAUACAACUCCGCCACAGGAGCCUUUUGUCCGCAUGAGUGAUGAGCGCCUACAGAGACGACGCAUCUCUGAUAAUGUUGUUUCGGGUGCUCGCGGACAAGAUGUACCCAACGGACGCUAGAAGGACAUCCUGAAGGCUUAUAUUGGAAUGUGCCAAGGGCCCAGAGGGAUCAUCGUAGAGAACCGGUAGGCGUAGCGCGCUGUCGUAAAAAAUGGAGUUCCAAUCUUCCAAGUUGACCGCAUAUAUUGUGCAAAAGAAAAGAAGGAAAGGCCGAUGGGCGCUUCCAACGUCUGAGUCCUUUCUACAUGUCCUCUCUGCCGACGUAAAGUGUAGGAUCGCAUUGACUGUAUGGAACGCCAUAGGAUCCACCACAAUCCCACCAACAUGGACGUACACGAUAGACCGAAAAAGACGGCAGAUGCGGGCCAAUCUCUCCAUUCUGGCCAUCACCGUGAACGCACGUUCCGAUGCCGGAUGAUUCUGGUUGUACAUCUCAGUGUCCAUCCUGACAUGACUAACCCGGUCCCUCUGAUAAAUGCUAUCCUUGCCUUGCCAAACACUUACCCUCUGAGGUCGGGUCGUGUUAACCCACUGAACCCGAUCCAACAGCCAGAGGAUCAUGCCGGUCCACCUACGUGUUGCAGCAUGCAUAUGUGGCUCUGACGUGUGACACAAUGGCUGGGACGUUCGUUUUAGCAGCUCGAAAUGCUGCGCUCACGUUCAUCACUCUCCAGUGUUGCAUUUCCAGCUUCGCUGUUUCCACAUCUGUAGUCUUGUAUGUGUCACAACCUGCUUAACAUCCUGCUGGGCUGUACCGAGUACCUGUGUCCUACUAAAUGAUGACACCAACAACAACACUGAUCGCCACCCCAAAUAAACUUCUAUUUCAACCCGUAGUUAGCACUGUGGACGAUCUGCUCAGACGCCCGAACAUUCUCCUCAGCCCUGGCAACUAGAGACCUUUCUUUUUAUCUCAAAAAGACUGUUAUCAUUCGCUGAGACAGGCAAACUGUUACUAUUCUAUCAUGCAUACUUUUAUCGAACGGGCUAGUGACGGACUUAGACGUUAUAUUUUAAGAAUACGGUGACCGGACUUUGAAGCCUUCUUACUGAUUUCUUCUUUGGGCUCUCAUUUCCACUUUAAAUUGCCUACACCGUUGCUCGAGACCUUAAUGUUUUCCAAGCACGCGUGUUGCCUAUGCUGUACCGAGGCAUUAUCCCUCGUCAUCCGGCGCUCCAUAUCUCCAAUCUGUUUUAUCCGGUUAUGCCGCUAAUACGUCACAAAACGCUACAGUAGCCGCAUUGUACUCUUUGUAUCUUCUUGUGGAGAAGUUUUAACAGAUAGACCCCGUCGAGCCUUAAAGCUGCCAACGUGAAGAAGUAAACAAUCUUCCGGCCACACUGUUGCCCGAUCACAAGAGUAAAAAUGACGUCUUCGCCCGAGAUGAUACUGCUCGCGGCAUGUUUUAAAGCUUCAGAGAUGUCUAUGGCUACUUCGCGAUUUCUGACUUAACACGAAGAUUCGUGUGUACCGGCUAUAUAUCUAUUCCUUCCCCUUUGGUUAUAAAUACUGGGCUGUACAAAUGCACAAUAAGUUAAAAGUGAAGGGUUUCCACCUGCAUGUGUUUUGAUUGCUUAUUCUUCGCCGAGGAUUGAGUUGGGUAGUCAGGAAGACUCUUCGGACAGUGAUGUAGACAGGAAAACGAUACAUUCCUGGGGUCUGAAUGGUAAUUUUACGAGACACGGCUGAGUUAGUGAUAACUUCGCAUGCACCCUGUGUGUAAUGUUUCUUUCAGACAGCAGUCUUGCAUCCUAGUAAUCUUGCACAAGUUAGAUCACUAGGAAGGUGGUCCUCCCCAUGAUUAUUAUUUUUUAGUAGACUGUGUCUUUUUCAAUUUUUAAAGUUUUCCUUGUCUGGUAAUUUGCACGAAAGGCCGACUUCUGAAGUCCCCAAUCCCAAGCAAACUUGAAAACAUACGAAAAAAUGUUAUAGACCGUAUAACUAGCUAUUGUAUCCCUUUCCCCCUAGACGUCCGGUGCCGGAAACCACGCAGACGAUGACGCGACCGGCCGCUCCCACGUGUGGCGGCUGUCCCUCGUCACGAUAAAACCUGACAUCGAGUGGAGUGACAAGAGUCCGAAGAUUAUUGAGGACGCCUGUAGCACUCUGGUUGAGGCUCUGACCGGCUUGAGUCAACACCUCUUUGGUCUGACUGUGGCCGACUCCGCGGGCUCGCGAGUAGUUGACUUUUGUCGCCCCCUGGGCAUCUUCAACGACUGUCUUGCCGCACACCUCCUAGAUGACCUACUUCUCACCCACCUGCCUGUCUCGCCGGAAACUUUUGCCUCAAAGGACUUCUCUGGUGCUGCUGCGGCGGCGACCACUGCCCGUCUAUCGCAGUUUAUUAGCCAGGUCUCUGCUGCCGUUAACGGUCUGCUGGACACGGCCAAAAGGCUCGGCUUCAUGCAGUCGGAAGCCCCGGAUGCAGCCUCUUCAUCCCUGACGUCCUUUGUGGAGCACAUGGAGACGUUCAUUGCUGCCCAGGGGCGGUAUUUGCUCUACACCUCUGUGCUGGACAUGCUGUCAAAGGUGGAGAACUUUUAUACACUUCAUAAGGUGCGUUUUCAAAAAGUGCACGUAUUUUCUAGGCCACAUUUGUGAUAACUUACUGCAGUGCUACCGAAAUUUCACCUCAUAAGAACUGGAUAACCAGCAGUAUUUACACUUGCUACCCACUUUAGGUCAUGGGUCAUUAUUAUUCUUUAUCAGUGGGCACUUCAUUGUGACCUAAGAAAGCCACUUUUCCCUGAAGAGUCAUCCGCUCCCUGGUCGGAGCUACCUGAUGUCGUGGGGUAUAGCCUGCUAAAGGCGCACAUGCUUCACGCGAAAUCAGCACCCUGUGCAUUACCCACCGCACUCAUCACACCCACCAUGUUCCAACUGUAAGAAAAACUCGAUAAAACUUAGUAUGGACGUUUGUGCAGGUACUGAAGAAGUCAAGCCGACAUCUGCGCGUACCAGACAGGUGCCGGCCCUUGCGCAUACUAACUAGAUCUCAAGGAGCGCAUCUUGGAUAUAUCAUCGAGGACAAUUGCCGUAAAUGCCCUACUAGGUGGGCGUCAUUACGUCCUGACCUCAGUUUUGAGUACGAUGCGGGUAUCCCGUCACCAUGUCACCGCUUUGAGUGCACCAUGAAGGCUAAAACACUGUCGCCUAAGAGCUAGUCAGCUUGAGGAAAGCCUCCAGGGUCGGCCUUACCCCUUCUUACCUCCUACAAUGUAUUGAUAGCAAGUCAAAAUGAAACAUACUGACAGGGCGCAGUGUCUGACGUGAUUAGGGGACCCCGAUAUAGAGCUAUUCGCAAAACUGCAUGGACCUCAUUGAGACCUUGGGCAGCGACGCGGUACGCUAUGGAGGGCCGGAUGUGUGGUUUACAAGGAGGGUGACACUCAACCCACCCAGUUUUCUUCGAACGGAGGUGUAUCCAUCGCUGAUGACUGCAAUCAUCAUCUCGACUGAAUGAGGUGAGAGUUGGAUCAGGGUUACUUAUGUAUUUGACAAGUUGUUAGCUUUGUCUUAUUGUGGUAGAAAUAGCAAUUUACCGAUUUGUUAAGUCGAUGAUCUUGUAAAGGGUCACAGACCGGAGAACUAUUUUGUCAUGACAGGUGUUAGCUGCUGGUCAGGUGAGCCUAAAGAUCGUGUUUUCUAACUGUUUCAUGUGAGUCAGCUACGUGCGGAACACGCCGCGUACCACGUUGUCAGCAGAAGCACCCAACUUCCAAUUCCCUUUUCGCCAGUUUGUGUAUUUUAGUAGCGAGGAAUCUGUCUUGCCUUCUCGGGCGUAUGCACAUUCCAUGACUCGGGCACAGGAAUGCUAACCGUGCACAUUCCCUUUAGACUACGGAAUCCUCAUUGCCCGUCCGCCAGAAGUCCGAUUGGCUGGAUCAUGUGCUCGAUAAGGUCACGUGUCAGGUUCAGGCACUUUCUAUCACAUCCAUACUAUUGUUUAUGGUGAUUCUAGUAAACAUGACGUCUUGUUCAUGCCACGCUGAAGGGCAAAUGAGGCACCAUGGUUUUUUAUUCCCCUCGCCAACAUUCGCGCAAGCAAAGAGACACAAUUACAAGUGGAGUAUACCUCUCGAAAGAUUUCUGUCUUGUAUGGUUCAGACACGAAUUCCGUCCGCACUUGCGUUCCUCCCAACUCUUGUCCUGGUUGGCGCCUGUUUCGUGGUAACCAACAGGUGGUGGAUAGUCAAGUGUUUCCUGGUCAUGGUAAGAGGGGUGUGGGCUUUGAGAAUUAAGUUUUUGUUGAUGGAAUGCCGGGUAACUCCAAAUUGCUGAACAUCAAACACCUUAUCGAACGACAUGGCCUGCUGACUUGCCCUUUUUAUGGACACUGGGACCGGCUAAACUGGCUCUGGCUCUUGAGUGUUUUUUGUCGUUGAUAAUGACUGUCCAAUUCGCUCUCCCCAAAUACAAACUACCUUUUUAUAGGUAGGCCCUUCUAAAGAAAUCAAGCCGCCAUCUGCGGACGACGAGGAGGAGGAGGGGCGAUCUCUGGAGGAUAUCAUCGAACAGGAAGAACUUGCUGAACUCUUCUCAGCAGUCAACCUGGAAUUCCCUGCCUGUUCGGUAACAGCCGUCCUUAGUUCCGUAAUAAGCAUACUUGUUUACUUUAUUGUACGGUGAUGUAGCCAUGUUCGCUAUGAAGUUUAAGCAACUUUGCCUUCCCUUGCUUAAGUUAGUCAGUAUCCAGACGCAAAAUUCAGUCACUUGUUCUCUAGCUCUCAGCCACACUAUUCCAUGCACCCCUUGGACCUUCUUAGUUUUACGAUCGCCGAUGUGAUGUGUGAGGAUAACGAUGCGACUUACGGUCGAAGCGGAUGAGUGAAUACAACGGUUUUCUUGUAUAAGAUAAAAGACCCAGCACGCUGGACUAUAUAGCAUGCUGGCUAUAAAGCGAUGUCAGAGGGGUAUAAUGCGUCCGAGUUGAUCUAAUCAGAGCGAAUUCUGCGACAACUGUUAGCCAUCGUAGGUUGGUGCUUGUAAAUACUGUGACAUCCCUGUCCAAAAGACUUACCGCGUGGAAAUUUCGGUGAGAAUUCAGCAAACGUCCCAUGGGAGCGUAAGCGGACGUUGCCGCGUUGCGCAUUGUCCACAACAAAGGAGCUUCUCUCCUCACUAUCUCUUUGGCCCAUGGCUGCUUUAGUCAUCUCCAGUUUUAAGAAUAAACCUACUUUAAAGCGUAACUCAGACAAAUAUUAGUGUGUCUCAAGGUCGAAUGCGAAUUUGAACUUGACUUUUGGAACAGAUUGUAAGAGUUGCAGUUCUGCCUGCGGCUUUUUCUCUUCGCUGGUCCCCAUGGGAUAUAAAACACAUUUGAAGCAUUGUUUUUUCCGGAAGAAUUUUGAACAGGGCAAAGGCGACGAAACAUACAGAAUUUAUUGAAGUCAUUAAAUUUCGUGACCUCUUCUUCAACUGCACAACGGUCAUUUCGUAUUUAUAAGGUAAACUGUUCAACCAGAGAUAGGCCUAGAGGGAUGAAACAUGAUAGGUAAAUAAAACAUAGAAAGUUGAUAUGAUAUACGGGUGUGCAUGGCGAGGGGGACAGAGGAGGAGGAAAGUUAUCUAAGUAAGCGAGUUUACUUUACUGUGAAAACAUGUCAGGCGUGAAACACAUUUUACAACUUUUCGAUACUUUGUGGUUUUCCAAAUUCCCUUCCCAUUUCUCAUGACAACUAUCUCAGAAAUUUCUUUAAAACAAUUCGAGCAACUGCUAUCAUGCAGUUUUUCGGCUACCAACUCCGACAUGCGAUCGUCAACUUCGUCUUUGCUACAGAGUAGGUCUUCAUAUGCGUGCGUCUUCUAACCCCACCUGCUGCUCUCGGCAUUUCAAGCCUCAUCUGUCCUACCUGUAUAUGAGGUCAGUAUAUAAUCGUCUAGUGGAAUCUAAACUAAUCAGAAGAAGAAGCGAUCACUGUAACAGGGGCUUUAUUCGCCUGACGUUUCGGAUUCUCACUUGAAUCCAUCAUCAAAGACAAUGGCGGAAAAGGGUGACUCGUGCACAGAACGUUCCAGUAAUUAUAGGAUGCGGUCGCUAUGCUACCGCAUACCUACAGCAAUUAACCGCGCUCCCCUUCAUCAAGGAUUGUUGCCGGCUGGUGCGGUAAUUGCUUGAUGGCCGGCAUGCAAGUUGUUAAUUGCUGAAAUGUCAUCACCCGUGUUGGAUGCUGGCGUGAUGAUUGCUCGGCCAUCUGGCUCACCGGCUUGCGCGCUCCCCGAGUGGUCAAUUACUUUGGCCAGCCUACGCCUCAGCGCGGAAUAUGGAGUGGGGAUGUCGUUUCACUUGUUGAUAGAUUGAGGUCCCGUGAACCAUGACUCAAGCAAGUCGCGGCUCACGCGAUUAUCCCCUCUCGCGAGAAUUUCGGCCUCAUCGAACUUGAAUGUGUGGCCGGGUCUCGUUGAAUGGGCCGCGACCUGAGAGUUGGCGUCAUUUCUCCGUACCGCUGCCGUGUAUUCGGCAAUUCGCGUUCGGAGCAGUCAUCCAGUUUCUCCGACGUAGUUGCUUUGUCCGCAACUGCACCAGAUCCGGUAAACGACUCCAGAUAUUUCUUGCCGUGACAGUGGGUCUUUUGGUCUCAUCACCUGACGCCUCAUGGUGGCCUCCGGUCUGUGUGCAACUCCAACCCCAAGGGGUGCAAGAAGACGACUGACGGCUUCCGAGACGUUCUUCACGUACGGAAGAGCCCGCCAAAAUUUGGGGCUGGUUGGAUUUGGUCUCUGGUGUCCUUUUCGUAUGCACUGGUUGACAAAGUUGCGUGGGUAACCAUUGGCUCUCAUUACUCGUCAAUAAAUUUCUUGUUCCAGUGAUCGCAUCGUCGUCUUCUGAACUGCUGCUACCUGGAACUAGCCUAUUCGCUUCUAUCAGAAAACCCUCUCUCAAAUGCCCUUUAGAUCGGUAAACCCUAACAGAAGCCUCCAACAGCUAUCCAUCCAGUUGAUCUCUUGUUAUCAAUAUAGUCAAAUAUACUAUGUCAUCAUUCCUACAGUACUAGAAGAUUAUCUUUUUCCAUUGUUUAUUUUGGCCAUAGUAUUAUAUAUCCAUUAUGCAUUUGAGGCGUGGUAUGCUUAUAGCGCAUCACCCAGUUUUCGAAAUCGGCAAAAAUCUACCAGCAAGAAAUAAAUAUCUGGCUACUGCAUGCUUCAGCAUCGCCUGUGAAACCGUUUGGUCAAAGACCAAAUGCGAUCAUUGCUGGGAUAGGCAACCCUUGCCGUGUUCUGCGAACACAUCGCCUUUUGUUUAUAGAAUUUUAUUUUUUACCUUCAAUCAAGCAUUCUACGGCAGAUAUGGUACGCGUUUAGAUGAAGGCAUCCAAUUCCGUCAUUAUGUCUCAUCCCCAUUAGCCCUGACGUGGACUGACCACUAGCUCACGGAAAAGGGGAGAGGAAGUGCGGUCGUUCCAAGUCAAGUCGAGUGUCUGCUUUCGUCACUACAAACUGACAGACGCUCUCUUAAAUUACCACAACGCUCUGACAGCCUUGACUUGGAAGCUUUUCAGCUGAUGGGAUAAGUUGAUCAUAUCUAGUUAACAUUGCACCUUAAUGCGGUUCUUAUUACACUCUCAUGCCCGAUGUCCAGGGCCCCUCGUUAAAGAUUGGUUCUUGCGGAGCUGGCCACCAGCUCGUGUGUUGUACACCCAGUCGGGCCUCAGCCACGGCGACCGCGCUCACCUUCAUUCGCCUUGACUCCGUCCUGAUAUCCGAACAGUAAGUUAUAUGUUGCUCAUGCGCUAGUCACCGUCCCGCCCCUGACGGCAAGGUGACAUCAUUCCCGAUCGCAGCCGACAGGACAACGAGCCCGUGGCUCAGUGAUUAGAGGCGCUGGACUCCUAACUUACAGGGCGCGGGAUCGAGUCCCUGGUAUUGCACGCUUCGGGGUUGGAUAUGAUUGCCUGACGACGGCCAGUAAGCCAGCAAUGGCCAUUCCAGUCUCCCUAGUCUUUGUCGGUAUUAACAAAGUGACAACUCUCACCGCUGUUGACGGAUGCAGUAAUUAUUAUAGCAGCUAUAUUCCGUGUAGCACAUCUGCCUUUAGACGCCGGUUUUUCUGCUACUACUUUCUCCAACCCUUCAUACCGAGUAUUGUUUAGUGGCACUAGUCCCUUGCUAGGUUGUCUUUUAGUAGAUAAGUGACAGAACGUCGUAAAUUUCUCAAGUGUGUCCCUGACAAAAUGAGCUGGCUAAUUAUACUUUCACGGCUGGUCACUAGCUGUUAGAAUUUGUUAAAUUUGUUUGGAGUUGAUAUCUUUGGUCAUUUCUUACGACUGAAAACUAAAUUGGCUAUUUUUCGACAUUUAUUUCCCUUUUGCAGGUUUCGGAAGCAGCAGUCAGUCUUCUUGCGCGAGUCACUCAAAUCAUAGAUCAUGCGGAGGCCCUGCUGGAUCUCAGUCUGGACGAUUCUAACGCCAAAACGGGCCAUACUGAUGUCAACCUGACCAAACCGGAGUCAGCUCCUCUAGACCUUGUGCGGUCCCUGCUGACCCUGGUUCCACGACUUAUUUUUCUCUACGUUCACAGCGUUCCGGCCCUGCACUCAAAUCGCCUGAAGUCCGAUUUCAACUUUCUGGGUAAUCUAUCCCGCCUGCAUGGCUAAAUCACCUGACUUGCUUACAGCAGUUUCUUACCAAAAGAAAAGUCUGUCUUUGAGAAUUUAUUAUUCUAGUUGGAUUGACACGGGAAUACGGAUUCUCCAUAUUUCAGGUGGCCUUGCCCUAAUUUCCAGGGGUUUAGCGGUAGAGCUCGGAGAGGUAGAGGCAGGGUUAAUACUAAGGUCAGGCUUGGUGUUGGAGCACGAGAAUAGGUACCCCUGGAAUUUAGCGCGAGGCCCUCUGUAGUACGGAGAAUUCCAUAUUUCUGUGUACGAUCAUUCGGUCUGACUUUCUAUUCACGAGUUAGUCUCCUUUCCCUGGGACUAAUUUUUUGUCGAAGAUACCUUUUAUAGCACCGCAUUGAAGCGGAAGAGUUGGUUAAUUUUUAAUUGUUAUACGGGUAUGAAAGAAGAUGUAGGGAUCUGAAAGACGAGUUCAUUCUUUUCGGCCUUUAGAGUUCUUAAUUCUGUCACCUGCCGGCAGCACAGGUGAACUUCAGCUAUGCGACUUCCGCCCCCUGCUCAUGGCUGCAUUAGUCUUUUUUGUGAAAUGGACUGGCUAUUUUCUACAUAUUUCAGAUGAUGAACCCGCGACAAGUCUGAAAAUGCAGUAGCCGAACCUCGUCUGCUCUGUGCUGGAAUCAUUUGCCAUUUUCUCCGCCACUGGGCUCAGGCCUCGUAGUGUAAAAGGAAAACACGGCUGCGCAAAGCGAAUUAUUUUUCUUAGACAUUAUUUAAUAUUUAAUGUUGCCAUAUGCGAUGUUACUGCUGCGUUGGAUGUUCCGAACUUUGGCAAUUCUAUUAAAGCUUAUGCCACUUCAUCUUGUGCUAAUACUCGAAUGUUUGACACAUGUACAGUAGGUGGGCUAACUUAUGAAAUGUCAACCGAAAUUCCAAAAUGCGUUUUCCUGUCCAAAAGAUAAAUUAACUAGGGUUGUAAAACUAGCCAGCCUGCAACAUAAUUCUAUAAUAUUUCAGUUACCUUAGGAUGCCGGCUUUCGAACGAACUUCCUUCCGGCUGCAUACAAAAACUACACCCUGUAAAAAUGACUACUUAAGUAGCAUGACCUUUUCUCAUUGAUUUUCGAUGCCCCUAGUAGUCCAAUUAUGUUUCCUAGAAAACUAUCUGCCUAAUGAGCAAAAGAAUGAAUAUUUUUAUGCAUGUUUUCUAUGAAAUAUAAUUGGACUUUUAGAGGCAUCGAAAAUCAAUGAGAAAAAUGCGUGCUAAUUAAGUAGUCAUUUUUACAGGGUGUAGUUUUUGCAUGCAGCCGGAAGGAAGUUCAUUCGAAAGCCGGCAUCCUAAGGUAAUUGAAAUAUUAUAGAAUUAUGUUGCAAGCCGACUAUUUUUAUAACCCUACUUAAUUAAUCUUUUCGAAACGAAAACGCAUUUCGGAAUUUCGGUUGACAUUUCAUGAGUUAGCCCGCCUAUUGUGUAGCGUCGUAAAGAGGCUAAAUGACAUUGGCACAUCUUGACUCUUUCCAAAUUUGUCUGCCUAAUGACAGUGCUAGAGUACAAUAGUUGUUUUGGUCGGUUCCUUUCAAAGAAAGUCCUCGGACUCUAUCGGUUUCUGCUUCAUUCAGGCCAUCAAAUCCGUCUCACAUUUUUUGGGAAGUAAUUGAAAAAUAGCCCGGUAAUCGCUGUGAUAUUUUACAUUUCAAACGAUUUCUUUCGAAUUGCCGACUGAAGAGAUGCGCCAGUGGCUGGGACUCAUCCGUCAAUUUGAAUGGAUACGUAGACGGGCGGGGAUGCGUUGACCAACUGUUUGCUACCCUGUAUAUCCUCAACUACCACCAUGGCUACCACCAGUAGGUGACAGUCCGCUUUGUGGGCUUUUCUGCUGUAUUUGCAAUAGAUGCAGUGCAAAUCUACUAUUACUAUGCCCGCACUAACGCGCAAGUCACCGUUCCUGCUCUCACCUUGCUCUGGAGCACACGGUGGACACCGUCGGCGGCGACAGUCGGACUGUCAUAUAUCAACCUUAAAACUACGUAUUGGGCGCCACGAAAUUUUUUGAAUUUCCUGGGUUUGUGGACCAAGCACGAAGUGUAUGCGAUGCUUCAACUUUUUAUUUUCAAUAUUUCAGCUGCCUACUACGAUGACUGCAUUUAUCUGGCGCACGAGUGCCUCACUUUGGGAAAGCUGAGACUUUACCCUCUGGCGGAAAAAGUCCUGAUGGCGACGGAGGCUGCCGACGCUGAAGGCCAGGACAAAGAUUUUCCCCUGUCCUUCCUAGCCAGUGUUUCAACAAUACAAUUGGUUUCUCAACUGCGAGAAGCCGGAACUUCAGCGCUUCUGGAGCGUCUUCGAGAGCAACGCAGUUCGAUUGAGGAACAGUUUAAGCUCUCUAGGGGACUACGCGUAAGUUAAUAUCGCCUCUAAGUUUCAAUUACACAUUUCCGACUGUCAAUACUGGCAGUCAGUGUAUACUUUUUCCUGCUGUAGGAGUCCUCAACAAGCGGUUUGACUGAUUGUCAACAGGCAAUAGUAGCCUGCCUCUCCUUGAUCCUGCGUCUAUCGAAGGACCUGAAUAUUAUGCCGAUGUCUGUAUACCUCAGAUGCCUCGGUAAGUGUCCCAGUCUUGUCUUUUGUCUUUCUCAUGCAGUCGUUUUCUUUCCAGGUGGGAUAGAAGUGAAUUUUCGGCAGCCACUGGGAAUUGGUGGGAUGACUUUAUUGACCGACUUUCCGGGCCCUCGGUUUACUGUACAUUUUUUUCGAGAACUGGGGACGCCCAUAACGUUACGGCUGUUUGCAGGACGUCUUAGGUUAGUCAUCCCCAUGCCAUGUGAUCCACACAGCGCUGGCUUGAACUGCCGACAAUCAGGGUCGUGCUUACCGCGUAAUAGUUACUGCACCUACAUUAAUUGUCUACACGCGUUGGCUGUUGCCUUUGCUUGUCAAGUUCACCCAUAAAGGUGGUGGCUUGCUACUACUGGUUAUCAAUAGCGCCCCUUUAUCUCGUCAUAUAUUGAUCUGUUUCCCUGUCGUGGUCAGCAUUCCUGUAUCCCAGUCUGUUGGAAUCUUUCAGGGGUAUUUCCGACAAUCACGUCUUCCACAGUAUAACCCUCUCGGUCUAGGUACUGGCACAAGGUUUACUGGCCUGGGAGAGUUUGAUAUACUGGUUGAUCAAUUCUGAGCUUCAGAACCGAACCAGGCUCAAUGACUCCUCCUUAAUGUGGUUUCUACGCCAGUUCCACUCAGGUGGGGUCCGAGCCGUCCACCUCGUCUCUGUGAAAACCUGCCUCAUUGCGCGCGGACCAGGUCUCGUGUGUGGCACGCGCAGACGGGCUGUUUAGCUUUGUCAGCCGCCUGAGCCAGAGCCCGCCUCCGGUAGUCCUGACACCGUCUUUCCACUGGGCCUAGGUGGAUGGAGAGACGAGGGUGCUGUGGGUGCUGCGCAAGUCUACUAUCACUAUAAACUGAGUCAUGUGCAAGUCACAACCCUGCGUUCACCAUGUCGUGGACAGCCGAUAAACAUCAUCGUUCGCGAUGGUCUAACCGUGAGUAAUUAGAGAAACCUGGUCAUGUUCGUCGUUUCGAUCAAGUGAAAGGGUAAUCGGGGACUGUUUAUCAUCUAGGUAGGUAAGGGUGACAUAGUGAGAGCGGAGAGGUGGUUGGGAUAAUUGGCGCCGAGGGUCUCGAGAGCAUGCAGUUGACUGAUUUUUGACCCCGGCAAACCCGAGGUCUGCACGAAGUUCUUCAGUAGGCACAGGACCGGCUUACGUUACCUGAUAUCGACCGCUUCCACUGUUGUCCGUAGACGCUGUCGUAGUGGUUUUGUGUAAUUCGGCUUUACCUUCCAAAUCACUCGGGAAGCUUUUUUAUGGUUCGUGCGAUGCCCGGAAUUAGUUAUAUGUACGUAAUUCGAUUUCAUUUAAAAUCCAUAUUUUAAUUUGUCGUUCAAUCAUGCAAAUAUGUAGGCCUGAUGGGAGUUUGUCGAAAGCAAUGUAUGCAGUCGCACCUGUAGGUUUGUUCUGUAAACACUCCUAUAUGACGAUUGACCAGCCAGUCAUUUCGACAAUUUCUUCGAAAAUGGCGCUCCGAGUAAUGUGUCUUAGGUGUCCUAGCAUUUUUCACGUCGUUGCUGGUUUUCUGUGGCCGGUUGGUUAAAGCAGGUUUCCACUACGUCUCCCACGCAAUAAGCUGUCGAAAUAUUAUCUCGCUGCCUUAGUUAAAAGAACAAUCGGACUCGUCAAAGCAUUCACUUCUGGGAAAGCAUCAUCUUUUUUUUCAUCAUUUUCGACGGUUGCAACAUUUGACGUUUCUACUUCAUCAGUUUUCUCUUCUGCCACUUAGGUGUGAUUUGCGAAGACUUUGUGAAACUCAUCUGUGAAGCUCUUCUCCAGCUGGAGGACAUCACUACACCGGAUUGCAGCACCCUUAUUCAGCUUAUUACAACCGUAACAAACUCGGUGGGUUUGAGUCCCAUUAUAAACUUUCCCUCUGUGAUUCGAAGAUAACCACUAAGCCAGAAAUGACCAUUUAAGUCUCCAUAGUCUCCGUUGUUAUUCCUACUUGUAUUGCUUGUGCUUUGAAUCUUUACGCAGAUAAUGUAUGUAUGUGUUUGGCUAUACAUGCUUAGACAUAUUGCUUGCGAGGAAGAGCCUAUCAACUUACACUCCCAACUUUAUUCGUGUCGAUGUUUUGAAAGCUUCACCACUUCCUCCAUCAGGGCGGGGAAUUCGUUUUUCAGCAUCGUCGCCUUACGCGCAUCCACUCACAUGCACAAACGUGAAGAUAAAUACUUUUUCUUUCAUGCCUUCGGCAAUUAAAUCUUAAUCGAGAUAGGUGUAUACAUUUCUUCACCGUCCUUUAAGCCAUCGUUUCUUCACUAUGUUGGUACAUGGGUUAUUUAGCGUUUCUACGUUAUCCCCUUCUUUAACAUCUUUAGAUAUCCGGUAUCUUUGAGAAGCACCUCGACGAUGCAUUUGCCUCUCCAAACAGUGGUUCUGCUGCGGUUGAAGAGAAGGUAGGGAAGGCUAUUUUUUGUUUAACUGGUAACUUGCUCUAGGAGUCAAGAAUGUCUUCAUUUCCAAGCGAUUGCUUGCAGUCGGUUAUCUGAGCAUACACCUCAUGCCCUUCUGCCUUUUUUGCUGUUGUCCUCAAAGUAUCCUGUCACUCGGUUCUUAGGACGUCAUAAACGUUUCGAAUCAGAUCUCUAACUGUAGCCGGAUCGGCCGCAUUCAUUUUCGCUGUAAGCUUCUUUUUCCAGAGUGGGAUUUUGUCUGGUCCAUUUUCUGCUGCCGUCCGUGAAUUUUUACUCCGAGCAGCUGUGCUGAGUGUAUGCAAUGGGGAACUGCCAUUCACUUACUGGACAGAAGACAGGGACAAAACUAGUCCGACGUUUCAGUCAGGACAAUCGAUCUUUAUCUCGCUGCACCAUUGUGGUGGUGCUGGUGACGGUGACGGUGGUUGUUUGUCCCAUUAGGGGCGAAAGGGGUUCAUCUUGAAGACGGGUUUCGUGCUAGUGCGCUCUACGGUGUUGGAGACCGUGUUCUCAGGGAGUUAUUUGAAUGAACAAUGGCCACAGGCCAAUUUUUGCGCUGGAACCCACCAAUAUUGUGUUUUUUCCGUCCCCCACUGACGUCAAUCGGAUGCUGAUACUGCAUAAGUACUGACCUCUUAUCAGGCGGACUCCAAGUACAGAUGACUAUUUAACCCUUUAUAACCGACGCUACCUUCCUGGGCUCUAGUUUCCAUGGUCAUUUUCUGCAAGUGUCUUAGAUUCCGUUUACCUGCUGAUUUCCUGAAGUUUGGUCAAAUUUUAUUAUCCAGCAAUUCUAUCCUCUGUUUGUUGUUUCUCAGGUCAGCUUUUGGUUAGAUCGCAAUUGGUAGCCAGGAAUGAGGAGGCGGACGGCCAGGUCCCUGUCGUACGGGAAUGGUGGGUUGUGUGGGUAUGGUAAGGUAGAGGAAUGCUGGAGUUUCUGGGUAAAGUUACCAGGGAAAGUGCUGGAAAGUUUUAAAUGGGUGCAAUAAUGGCAGAAAUUUAAACUCUACGUUUAACCCUAAAAUCCAACCCUGACCGCAACCGUAAAGAAUAACCCUAAGCCUCAAAACCGAAACUUAACCAAAAUCCUAAAAUCCAACGCUUACCCAAAACCUAGCCAUAACCCUAACCUUAAGCCUAACCUUGACCGUAACCCUAACCCUAACACUGAAACCUGACCCUAAAACGCAAACGCUAAUCCUAAAACUUAACCCACGCCUAACCCUAACCCUCACUAAACCCAACAGCCCGACCGAAACGGGCGACCUGCCUAACUCAGUAAGAGCACACCUACUGAUAACAAUUUCCCUAGACAAGGUAAGCACACCUACUGAUAACAAGUACGUACGUCGGCAGUAUCACCGUAUAAUGUCUGGCUAGCAACUGCGAUCUUACCCAGCUUUUCUUAGUGGCAUUAGCAACGAAUAGGUAGCAUAGGCCGAUUGAGAAGUGGGGAUAUUCAGAAACCCUAACUCAAACUAUACUCUCGAGUGGGGUGUUCACAAAAAGCCUUCUGCGUUCCACUUAAAGCAUUUGCGUUAGAAGCUGGUUCACCAACAAUUGGAAAGUGGGGAGACGCCGUUUUGCCUCGCACUUAUCAACUUAUUAGGGCUUGUGUAAAAACGAGUAACGCUCACCGUCUAGCUUUUGAGAUUUCAUAUUCCAUGACUUUGGGCAGUACGAGGUAGCUUUUCUUAAACUACAAACACACAUUAGAAAUACCGUCCUAGAAAAAUUAGCAAGGCAAACCUUUUUGUCCUCGUCACUUUUUCCUCCCUGUCUAUUCUGUCCGUUUGUUUUCUUUUUUUUUCUGUAGUCUCUUACGACCCUUCUCACCCGACGUGUCCCCUCGUGGCCUCGUCUCGAAAGCAUUCUCACUGUGCUCCAGGCAGCCUCGCUGGAGCAUAUUCGGCACAUCUGGGCGGACAGGAGCAACGCCGACGCUCAGCCACUUCCCUUCAGGCUGACUGCUGCCGAGGUGGGACAUCUAGUGACUGCACUCUACAGAGAUUCCACUGCACGCUCCAACUUCCUCAAAAAUCUUACUGAUUAGGUGGCAUCUCGCGUUGUUCCCUGUUUCCCCAUUUGGUUUCUAGAGAUUACUUUCACUGAAAUAUAUACUUCGUACAUUUGUAUACGGACUUUGCGUUAGUUGAAAGAAGGCGCCUGUCCUAGUAGGUAAGGGCCUGAUGCCUGCAAGGUCAGAAUUGUGAACACUGACUUCUGGCAUGCCAUCUGGAAUAGUUCUGUUCCGAACUCGCGCUUUCAUACGCCCAGAAAGUCACAGCUGGAACACUUUAGCGUCGGACUCAACAAACUCGCGUUGUAGUUGUCACUGGUGUAACCAUUAGUUAUUAUUCUGUCAGGCGCUUGUUGUGUACCAAAAGAUCACAACCAACGUGUUAGGUUAAGUCUUCGCCUCAACGUGUUCGGAGGGUUUUUAUUCCGAGGGGAAUAAGUAUUUAAGACCACUGAUUCUGCCAUUUUAUCGUCAGGAGAGCAGGAGCUCAAAUGCCUUCUGUGUGUUAGAUCUGAAGGUGAGUGGACUUCUUUUUCUCAUCGUUUGAAUUAGUGAGGCACUGUUACAUUAUUAUGCCGUGGCCAAGCACUCACUACAGGACGAAAAUACCGCCUGACCUAGCACGAUUUCAUUCCCCUCUAGAGGUGGACUACCCACUUUUGAGGAUACCCGAACUGGUCCGAGGUUGCCGUCAAAGGGCAUUGAUAUGAAAACUCAGCCUUCUUGAUUCUGGGCGGUCAUAUCCCAAGGCCUGGGAUUGGUGAUAGUGGCAUGUAAACCAGAAAUGGUUAGUACAGUCUCGCCUGUCGAAACAAUUUUGCGACGCGAACAUUAAUUCGCCCGGGUUAUAUGUGGGCGCAAUCGCGUUUGUCCGCGACUGCUGUUCUUGUACGUCAGCCCAGUGACUUCUGAUCACAAAUGACGCCUAAGAUCGUUUGAAGGAGUGAUUAGCGUUCGUGGCCACAAUUUCCCAACUGAAGAGAAAGGACCAAGUGCCAUACUCUGAUGCGACAGACGCUGGCUGGUCCUGAGAGCAAACGGGUUUAGCGUGCAGAUCUCAGUCCCUAAUUACAGGAAAGCAAGAUCCUAUCUCUCUUUAGCAGAUGACUAACACUUGGGCAUAAGCUGAUCCGGUAUCCGCGACUGCUCCAACCGAGCCAUUUCCUCGUAAUGUUUGUAACAAAAAGACACUUCAAAUAGGAUACUGAAGCAGUGCAGAUUUUACUGACUUCACGAAUCGCGUGACCUCUUACUCAACUUCCCACGGUCAUUGCGUAUUUAUAAGACAAGGGAAACUGUUCAAUCAUAGAUUGACCUAGAGAGAUGAAACGCGAUAGGUAAAAUGAAGCAUGGAUUUUUGGUCCGGCACGGGGGUGCGCAUGGCGAGGGGGAGGGAGAAAGAAGUCACCUGAGCAAGCGAGUUCAGACAGCAGUGAAAACCUGCCGGGCAUGGUUGAAACUGCAGCGCAGCAGUCAGUCAUGCCGGGAGGGGUUGCGAGGAGGUGAGAGGACGGAUAUGGGAGUGGAGUCACGCCCAUUAUCGAUUCUUUUCAUGGUAGCGCGAGGUGGAUCACGUGAUCCAGCUUCUUGCAGAGUUCUGGUUUCCUCCGUAUCGCAGCGACCUCUGCAAAACGCAAGAGCACUCUGCAACCAUUGAGUCCACCGUACGGCCAGUGUCCACUAGGUGCUUUAUAACUGAGCUACAUGAAGGAAUGAAAAUAAACAAAAUUAACAGUGUCUAUAGGUGUCUCAAGGGCUAUUAAGCCUUUAACACUCAUCUUCCUCACGCCGCCCGCAUAACGAGGUCGGCGGGUUUUGGUUCUUAGAGCAAGGGGUGGGGUAAAAGAGUCUUUGUUGAUGUUCUUAGAUUGUGUACACGGAGUACCCAUCACUGUAACCAGGGAUUUGAGGCCGCAUGUCGUCAUCACUUGAGGUUGGCGUUGGCCACGGCAGAGAGAGCGCUUGUGUCAGUGUUUUCUGACGGCAUAAAACCGGAUUCGCUAGCCGUAUAGCCACUGCCUCGGCCGUUGCUUGCAUCCGUUGGCGUGGGCCUUUAGAGGAGCUUGUUGGUGUCCGGUAGACAACCUGAAAUGAUUCCGUGGCUCGACUCGGUGAUCCGUAUCGAUUAAAUGUGCGAGAAAAGAACUCGAAAUCGAUGGGGUCUCACUUCCGUCUAGCCAGGCGGGCAUAUGUUCACGCACCCUCUUUACCAGGCGUCCCGUUGUACGGCCAGUGUAUCCCGCCACACAGGAGCAAGUAAAUGAGUAGAUGCACAUUGAUGUAGCCUCCAAACGGUAGUUUGUCUUUACUUCCCAAACGUAGGAGGGGAGAGUUUGUGAAGCAUACGCGUAAAUUCGCAGCGUGGAAUGCUCUCGUGAUAGCUGUAGAUGAACGCUGUCUGACUAGCAUUUAUAACUCCAGAUUACGGGUCUUCUCGGGGAUUUCACGUUAAGAUGAGUUCUACUUUCUGGCCUUGGUGUAGUCAGCGUUUGGCACCGGACCAUUGCAUUCGCGGUGCCGAUGGUCAGGCCCAAGUUGAAGCGGCCGAAGGCGAAGAGGUUCACAUUCCGCUGCACGUCCUCUUCCGUGCUGAUCUUGAAUGCCCUCGCAGACGCUUUUAGGCGGCGAAUGUUAGACAAUUUACAGUGGGUACGGUAGCCGAUGUAAAUCGCAGGUCUCUCCUCACGGUAGGAGUUCGUCACCACAGCGGAGAACAUGAGACUGAAGAGAGCGGGAGGGAACACGCAGCUCUACCUAGCCAAUUGGUCAGGGUGAAUGCAUAUGACAUUGAAUAGUUUCCCGUGACGCGGGCCAACAGUCCGUCGUAAAGCUGCCUCCUCAUUUGUGUAAAUUGUUCGCGACAUCCCAAUUUCGGCGUGAUUACACGGAGUCCAUCGCGAGGUCCUGGUAAGUUAGACGAAGGUGAUGCAGAGCCGCAAACUCCCGUUCACUGCGACGCGGACCACAAGCCUUAAUUCCUUGCGUCAAAGCCGACAAGAAAAGCGACUCAUUUUUGCUGUUUACAGUAUUGCAAAGUCGUACUUUUACCCUGCUGACCACUUUUAAGUUUAUUGACCACCCUAGACGCGAUAAUCAUCGCGAGAUAUUUUAUUCCUCACUCCGGCACGUACAGUUAAAUAUCAUCGGUUCUCCUCUGGUAACUCAAUUGUUGUUUAAAACAAGCUACCUGAGGACGUAAAAAUUCAGCGAAAUUAUUUUUGUUUAAACGAACUGUCACCCGCCCUCCGUACUCAGAACAACUUAAAUAACUUCUGGGUGUCGAAUACACUGAACUCAUCUUCUGUAGUGACAGAACCCAUGGUCUUUAGUCCCUCUGCCCCGUUUUGUCUCAAUGAGAAUGGUGUUGAUCCUGCAGUCCGCUACCUAGCGGGUGAAUUCUUCAGCCGACUGCGAGCAGCAUGAUUCUUUAGAGUUAAUCGGGCCUCACUAUGGUUAGGGUCUUCAUCAGGCCCACGAAGGUGGUGUAGAGGUUAGUGCUUAGGAUCUGGCACUUUUCCUACAGUUAACGGGACGCAAAGGUCAUACCUAUGGUUCUGUGGCGAUUUCUAAAUUCUUACUGCGUUUCUGGAAGUUCCGGCGAGGAUGGGAUAUGUAAGCCCACUGAGAAAAUAGAGACCAGGGACUCCUGCAAUGUGGAAAGGAUGCUAAUGCUAAUUUUAUCACUAGGGUAGCUGACGAAAUCUACCGAAGGCAUAGGAAAAAACUCACAUUCCUGUUACUUGUUUGUGUUAUUACUCCAACGAGGUAUUUGAACAGACCGCACAAAUUAGGAACGAAAAAUAGGUACUACGGGGUCAUUGGUUAAAGAAGACCAAAUUGGGUAAGACGCACGCGGCGGCCGGAAACGUAACUCUAAUAUAACAUGGCUACAUAGAUCAAAUAAACAGGCAUUUUAUAGCAAUACAAACUAAGGACCUACGUAGUCAAUCUUCGUCGCGGUCCCUGCUCCAGUUGUGUGUUCAGACGAUCAAGUAGGAUAUGAAAGAAUAUUUUUCCUCCGUUGUUAUCACAGCAUUGCCGACUUCUCUUGUGGUUAUAAAUGAGCCCAAUGACUGUAUUCCCAAAGCCCUGGAGGGUUUUACCUUUCGCCACAUCUCCUGGAACAGUUAGGCAAGCUUGUCCAUGAGCUCCAGGCCGCCGUACAUGUUGACGUCGACUGGAGUUGCGUCUGCUCCUGGCGCUUUCCGACUGGACAGUUUUUGCACUGCUCUGGUUGUCUCAGGAAAUGAUGGCGGGCGAUCGGGAUUGUUUCAUUCAAGCUGAGCAGUAUUACAUACUCUUGUUUUGCGAGCAGUGGACUGCUAUGAUGGUCGCGAAAGAAUUUUUCAUCCCAUCACGGUUAACAUGUUCCUGCGCCUCUUUAGCUUUGAGAGUCAUCUAGGCGACCUGAAUUGCCUUCAACCUCUGUCGUACUAGGCUUUGGUAUCCGAGAUAUGCGGCUUCACUGUCAUUGUUGUUGUUAACGGCGUAGGUCGUUGCAGUCUGUUUCCCGGAGAGGAGUGUGCAUUUUUCAUCACGGUCACCAAACUAGGGCUGGUGGUGUACGCAGUCGAGGGUUUUCACUGCGGUGUCCUGGAUGAUAUCCUACAGCUUCAUACGUUGGGUCUCAAUAUUAUAAAGGCCUCCAGGAUUUGCUUUCCUCCCGAUUAAGAGUUAAAGCAGCAGCUCAAAUUCAAUUGGCGUUCAGACUCUCCAAAUAACAGCAUUUAACUCACCUGAUUCUGACCUACCUUACCGUCGUCUGCCAUGUGUAACGUAGAGUUGGAAUCAGAAAUUUAGCUUACCGUUAGGAGCCGUCAAUACUAUUAACUCUUAGUUUUAGUAUCUCUUAGUUUUUUGACAGCUUUCCAUUAGGAUUCUUGCUUUUCACGAUCCGUUGUACAAUGACCUGAAGUUCAGAGUCGGCGUAGCAUGAACGACUCCAACGAGUGUGGCAAUUACAUACAACCGACGCAUCGAGCUCAACCCGGUCUCACGUAGAAGCGAAAUUCGGACAUCCAGGUCAUUAAGUUUGUAUAAAGAAAAGAUAAAGAAAUUACAUUUUUCAGGUGGAAUUGCGUUUGUCUGUAGUAAAAGUCAAUCAGACAUGUCACUCUGCGUUAGUGAGUGACAAAACCAUGUUGCCACCGCUACUCACAAAAAAUAACUAAAGCGUCCUACGCUUGUACCUGUACUAUAGUUAGAACCCAGUCUAUUGCGUCCGACUCCCUUGGGAGAACGAAUUAAGGAGGGUUUCGCAAAGAAAUAUCAUAACAAGGGUGAUAGUGUGUGCUUUUAGAGAAGCGGAAGUGUGAAACUACCUUUUGUUUAUCUUGUCAGACUCACCCUAAUAAAUGGAUGUCAGAGACGCCAUUAAUCCAUGUCGUUUGCAUAAAAACUAGCUUAACCGUAAUUUCGAAGGUGCUCAGAUGCGGGGAUUUUUUGGACUACGAUAGCUCCAAAGACAAAGGACCCCCGGCAGAUCGAUAGUGAGUAUUAACAACGUUCGCUCGCGCCUUUCUUCGAAAUUUAUUAAUGCAAACCAUAAGUCUAAACUCCAUGACAAUCUCAUCAGAAGGAAGCGUAGAAUCGCUACCGCGUAGUGAAUUAGUUAAAUAGGAACCAUCUGAUAAUAUCUCCUUCUUUCGAUGUACAAGGGACAGUAAGCAUCAUCGGAUUUACCGCUUAUAUCCAAAUAAUGAACAUUAUUUUAUUAGUGGGAAGGGUAGUUAAAAAGGAAUGUACAGAAGUAAGAGUGAGGCUUUGUAUUACUGACAUAAAAAAUGUAGACGCACAGUAGGUGGUGCGUGCCAUGAAUGCAUGUCUUUACGACUGCCCGCAAGAAUCACGUCCAUCAUAAAUGAAUAAUUGAACGACAUGCAUUUUUCAAUAGAUUUUUAAUGCAAUAAUACAGUUUUAAAUGAUUUUCCUGAAGACUUCUUUUCCAAAACUGUUGGAACAUUCAUGAGGCUGUAUUCUGAAUUCAGACUAUGGACAUUUGAAGAUUAAAAUAGUCUGGAAAGCGUUUAAAGUAGAGCCAGUAAAAUAGUGGCACAAGCUACUUCCCCUAUCCAACGCGCCUGACAAAUCUGAAAUUCUUCCCUUUGAGUAUCAGGCAAAUGCUCAGGGAUUACUUGUAAGCAUUCCGUAUUGCGAAGGACUUGGAUUGUGAACUGGUCAUAUGGGACAUUUGGGACUUUGCGGACUUACUACCACGGAAAACCUUCGGGUUUGCCCAUUGAAACUGUGUAUUCAGCAGGUAGGGCUGGAUAGGCGGAAGUUCUCCUUCUCUGUCAGAGUGCUUAAAUCAUGGAAUGCACCCCACUAAAAUGUUAUGAUGUCACCGUCGAUAGAAAACUUUAAAAGGAACCUUGACAGACUUAUUUUCCAAAAUCAGGCGGGGAAAUUAGAGAUGUAAUCUAACCCAUGAGAUUUACACCCAAAUCGUCGUAUUUUUAUGGUCGUUUUCUGAACUGUUUUUGCCCACAUGGUUCUUCUGUACACUGCAUACAGUUUUGCGUUGAAAAUGUGGUACUGAAAGGCUCAUCCAUAGCUGCCUUCCCUCUCCAACUAGCCUCUACCCCUCUUUUAGGCCCUCUCCUCUCCCUCUCCCUCCUCCUCCUCCUCCUCCUCCUCCUCCUCCUCCUCCUCCUCCUCCACAAAUUAA